GGCACGGAAAAGUCACUGUGGGAGGAGUCUGGCUUCAGCGCGAGCUGGGCUGGAGGUUUUGCCGCGAAAGUCAGCGCGCUUGUGUCAGGGAAACACAUUGUUGAUUCUGACCGACACAGAAUAUUAGCAAUACUUAUAAUUCAAAACACUGUUUGAAGUGAUAGCUUAUUGAUCGUUUAUUACAAGGAGUCCACUCCAGAACAUUUGCAGAAUGUCGGGAUUUGAUGAUCCAGGAGUUUAUUACAGUGACAGUUUCGGUGGAGGUGAUGGCAUUGGCGAUGAGGGGGUCGUGAAACGCAGCCAGAUCAAAAAGAAGUUUCGUGAGUUCUUGAGGCAAUUUAGAGUCGGAACCGAUCGCACUGGGUUCACCUACAAAUACAGAGAUGAGCUCAAGAGGCACUAUACUUUGGGAGAGUACUGGAUUGAGGUGGAGAUGGAGGAUUUGGCCAGUUUUGAUGAAGAUCUAUCAGACUGUCUUUACAAACUUCCUACUGAGAAUUUGCCUUUGUUGGAGGAGGCGGCGCAGGAAGUGGCUGAUGAGGUCACACGUCCACGGCCACUAGGAGAAGAGACCGUACAGGACAUACAGGUCAUGCUGAAGAGCGACGCCCACCCGUCCUCCAUCCGCAACCUGAAAUCGGAGCAGGUGUCACGUCUGGUGAAGAUUCCCGGUAUAAUCAUAUCCUCUACAGCUGUGAGGGCCAAAGCCACCAAAGUGUGUCUUCAGUGCCGCGGAUGCAGAGCGGUCAUCAGUAACAUUCCUCUGCCACCGGGACUGCAGGGUUACGCUCUGCCCCGCAAGUGCAACACUGAGCAGGCGGGCCGUGUCAAGUGUCCUGUGGAUCCGUAUUUCAUCAUCCCGGACCGGUGCGUGUGUGUGGAUUUCCAAACUCAGCGUCUGCAGGAAGCUCCUGAUGCCGUUCCUCACGGAGAGAUGCCACGACACAUGCAGCUCUACUGCGACAGGUACUUGUGUGACCGUGUAGUGCCAGGAAACAGAGUAACUGUGAUGGGCAUCUACUCCAUCAAAAAGGUGGCUCAAACCAAAGCCAAAGGUCGCGAUAAGGGAGCCGGUGUGGGCAUCCGAGCAGCGUACCUGCGUGUGGUCGGCAUUGAAGUGGAUACUGAAGGAGCAGGCCGUGGAGCCACUGGUUCAGUCUCCCCUCAGGAGGAAGAGGAGUUGAGGGCUCUGGCUUCCUCUCCGUCCGUCUAUGACUCCCUCGCUCGCUCUCUCGCCCCGUCCAUCUACGGAAGCGAUGACCUGAAGAAGGCCAUAGCGUGCCUUCUGUUUGGGGGCUCCAGGAAGAGGUUGCCUGAUGGUCUGACACGCAGAGGGGAUAUUAACUUGUUGAUGUUGGGAGAUCCAGGCACAGCCAAGUCUCAGUUGCUGAAGUUUGUGGAGAGAUGUUCUCCCAUUGGGGUGUACACCUCUGGUAAGGGCAGCAGUGCUGCUGGUUUGACAGCCUCGGUUCUUCGAGACCCCAACACUCGUGGUUUCAUCAUGGAAGGAGGUGCCAUGGUGCUGGCGGAUGGUGGAGUGGUCUGCAUUGAUGAGUUUGACAAGAUGAGAGAGGAUGACAGAGUCGCCAUCCAUGAGGCCAUGGAACAGCAGACCAUCUCUAUUGCAAAGGCUGGCAUCACCACCACUCUGAACUCCCGUUGCUCUGUAUUGGCUGCUGCCAACUCUGUGUUUGGCCGCUGGGAUGAUACAAAGGGAGAGGACAACAUUGACUUCAUGCCCACCAUUCUGUCUCGAUUCGACAUGAUCUUCAUCAUCAAAGACCAUCACGACCAACAGCGAGACAUGACUUUGGCCCGGCAUGUGAUGAACGUUCACUUGAGCGCUCAGACGCAGACGGAGGGUGUGGAGGGAGAGAUUCCUCUGGCCAUGCUGAAGAAAUACAUUGCCUACGCAAGAGUGAAAUGUGGACCACGUCUGUCUGCGGCCGCUGCGGAGAAACUGAAGAACAGAUACGUAUUGAUGAGAAGCGGAGCGAAGGAACACGAGAGAGAGAUCGACAGACGUGCCUCCAUCCCCAUCACUGUCAGGCAGCUGGAGGCUGUGGUGCGCAUUGCGGAGUCUCUCGCUAAGAUGAAGCUGCAGCCCAUCGCUGGAGAGGAAGAGGUGGAUGAGGCUCUGAGACUCUUCCAGGUGUCCACGCUAGACGCGGCCCUGUCCGGCAGUCUGUCCGGUGUUGAAGGAUUUACCACUCAGGAGGAUCAGGAGAUGAUCUCUCGCAUAGAAAAACAGCUGAAGAGACGCUUCGCCAUCGGAUCCCAGGUGUCUGAACACAGCAUCAUACAGGAUUUCACCAAACAGAAAUACCCAGAACACGCUAUUCACAAGGUCCUUCAUCUGAUGAUGAGGAGGGGUGAACUGCAGCACCGCAUGCAGAGGAAGGUUCUCUACCGGGUCAAGUAGAGAGAUGUGUGAUUGUUUCACGCGCAAAUCUGCCAGCAGAGCCUGGCAUCUAAACACAGAUGUGCAGACUGAAGCCACCGCAGAAAUUAUAUACAAUUCAGAUUUAUUGUACAUAGUUGUCUGGACACUCUAUUGCUGGAGAAAUGUCCGGUUUAUCAAUCUACCCGUUUGCUGAGAAGUUCUUCUCAUCUUUUUGUCAGUGCUUGGUAUGCUUUAUUGUCGUCAUGUGGUUUUUCAAUGAAAAAGAAUGCUUCAUCACAAAUCUAAUCUGUCACUCGUCAAAGUAAAGAUAUGAAUUUUGUAUGGAUAACAUAAUAAAGCAAUUUAAAAAAUGAA